ACCUCGAUUUAUUAUUGACUUGAAAUUAUUGCCACUAUACCAACAUCCACAACCCAAUAAAUCUCUUUGUAAUAUUCAACACGUACGGCCCCUCAAUCUUCUGUUUGUUUCCAACAAAAUGUAAAGUGAAACAAAAACAUGUCACCAUUCAUUCAACCCAACUUUAAAGAGGGAAAAAAACUCCAAGUCUUUGCACAAACUUUCCAAGUCAACUCAACCUUCCAAACACGCCAUAACUCUUCUUGUCUUCUCUUUUCCCUCAUCUCCCUUCUCUCUGUUUUGCUCCUAUUCCUCAUUCUUCAUUCAAAACCAACUAAAUUCUGAAUUUUUUUUUAAUUUUUUUUUGAUAAGGAAAGAAAAACCAGGUUAAUCCCUUCGAAAGGGCCACCCUAACUGAAUUCUGAGCUUUUUUUUUGAUAAGGAAAGAAAACCAGGUUAAUCCCUUCGAAAGGGACAAACCUAACUGAAUUCCGAACUCGAAACAUGAAAAUCGACACCAUAAACUUCAUCUUCUUCGUGUUUCUUUUCAUGAAUUCCGUGUCUUCUCACCUAUCUCCUACACAGAAAGCCUCCAUGAUAAGCCUCUCAAGCCACCUUCAUAGCCAAACAUCCUCUUUGCCAUGGGAUGUUGGCAAAGACCCGUGUACAUGGACGGGUGUUACGUGCAACAAUGUCACUAACUCUGUUAACUCUGUUAACUCUGUUACAAAACUCUCUCUUACUAGCUUGAAACUCACCAAUUCCAGUUUUUUACCUAUUCUAUGCCAAAUUAGCUCUUUGGAGGUUCUAGAUGUUUCCAAAAACCUUCUGAACUCAAUCCCAGGUGAGUUUCUGACGAACUGCAGCGAAAUUUCUGCGCUUAAAUCAGUAAAUUUUAGCUGGAACAGAGUUUCUGGUCCUCUUCCUUCCUUUGAGAAUGGGUUUACCAGUUUAGAAACCCUGGAUUUCUCUCAGAAUUUGCUCAGUGGAAAUAUCGGGACACAAUUGAAUGAGUUAGUGAGUCUCAAAAGCUUGAAUCUUAGCUCAAACAACUUCACUGGGUCCAUCCCCAUCAACCUUGGGAAAUUCAAGGGUUUAGAGCAACUUCAAUUAUCAGCCAACCAAUUCCACGGGAAAAUACCAGAAAAACUUUCUGAUUACAAGAAUUUAACAAUUCUUGAUCUUAGUUUGAAUCAGCUUGUUGGGGUGAUCCCAUCCAGAAUUGAAGAACUCCCUAACCUGGAAGUGUUGGUGUUGUCUGGAAAUAGAUUAAGUGGAGAAGUUCCUGACAUUUUUUCCAACAACAGAAAACUACAGAGAUUUGCAGCAAAUAGGAACAAUUUCCAUGGCAGUAUACCAUAUGGGAUAACAAGGUUUCUGAAGAUUCUGGAUUUGAGUUACAACAACUUAAACGGGUCGAUAGCAAGUGAUGUACUGUCACAACCAAACUUGCAGACAGUUGAUCUCUCUUACAAUAGGUUGGUUGGGAAAAUACCGGGAAAUGUUUCUUCAAGUUUGGUUAGGCUAAGACUUGGGGGUAAUUCACUGAAGGGGUCAAUUCUUCCUAUUAAUUUCAGUAUACUUCAGAAUUUGGUUUAUUUGGAGCUAGAAAACAACAGAUUGAGUGGAAACAUACCUGCUAAUCUUGGUUUAUGUCAGAAGUUGAGCUUGUUAAACUUGGCUGAAAACAAUUUAUCUGGGGAAUUACCAGCAGAAUUGGGUAAUCUGAACCAGCUUCAAGUUUUGAGUCUUCAAUUCAACAACAUUGUUGGUAAGAUUCCUAAUGACAUUGCCAACUUAACCAAGCUGACGAGUCUGAAUAUCAGUUGGAACGAACUCAGUGGUUCAAUCCACCCUAAAAUUUCAGAAUUGAAAUAUCUCGAAUACCUGUAUUUACAGGAGAACAAUUUGAGUGGUUCAAUACCGAUAAACAUUGGUAAUAUGAAUUCCUUGAUAACACUGCAGUUAGGGAAGAAUCAUCUCAGUGGGUUUAUUCCUCCAAUGCCCCGGAAUUUACAGUAUGCUUUGAAUCUCAGCAACAAUUUUUUCCAAGGACGGAUACCUGAAUUAUCACUUGAUCAGAUGCCUCAACUGGAGAUUUUGGAUCUUUCCAACAACAGAUUUUCUGGUAAGAUUCCGAAAUUUCUAACUGAAAUGCCGAGCUUAACAUUGUUGUUACUCGAUAACAACAAUUUUUCCGGAGUUGUUCCGAAAUUCGGCCGCAGUGUCAUUGUAGACACCCAUGGAAAUUUAGGUCUAACCUAUCCACCACCAGACAGUCCAAACACCAACCAACCUAGUUCAAGUCACAGGAAAAUGUCGGUUGCUGUCAAAACCGUAGUGGUGGUUAGUGCUGCUCUCGUUGGUGGUUUGAUUGCGUUUGUUGCUGUUUUUCUAUCAAUGCGGCUUCUUUAUAAGGUGCAUGAUAUAGAAAUCCAAUCAAGAGAACCAGAUUUCCCCGUCCCUCUAGCUGUAGAAACUCGAAUCUUGACAACCAACAGCACACAUAAAUCAAACAUCGAUUUCACCAAAGCCAUGGAAGCAGUAUCAAACCCAUUAAACCUUGUCUUGAAAACCAAAUUCUCAACCUACUACAAAGCAACCAUGCCAUCAGGGGUAAACUACUUUGUCAAGAAACUCAACUGUACUGACAGGAUUUUCCAACCAAGCAGCAACAACCACGGCGGAAGCUUUGGGCAGGAACUAGAGGCUCUAGGGAAGUUAAACAGUUCAAACAUAAUGACUCCUUUGGCCUACACAUUGGCCGUAGAUAGUGCUUUUCUUAUCUAUGAAAUGUCAUUUAAGGGGACUCUGUUUGAUGUUCUACAUAGAAGUUCAGGGACUCUUUUAGAUUGGGUGAGUAGGUGUAGUAUAGCAGUUGGGGUGGCUCAAGGGUUGGCUUCUUUACAUGGAUGUUCAACUGGUCCUAUUUUGCUCUUCGAUCUUUCAAGCAGAACAGUUUUGCUCAAGUCAUUGAAGGAGCCACAGAUUGGUGAUAUAGAACUUUGUAAGGUGAUUGACCCCUCGAAGAGCACUAGCAGCCUCUCAGCUGUGGCAGGUUCAGUUGGCUAUAUUCCACCAGAAUAUGCUUACACAAUGAGGGUGACGCUGGCGGGAAAUGUAUACAGCUUUGGGGUGAUUCUUCUCGAACUGCUAACAGGAAAGCAGGCAGUUAGCGAGGGGACAGAACUGGCCAAGUGGGUGUUGAGAAAUUCAACACAGCCACAAAAAUGGGAUCGGAUUCUUGAUUUCAGAGUCAGUCGGACAUCACUGUCAGUCAGAAUUCAGAUGCUAGCAGUGCUCAAAAUUGCUCUGGCUUGCAUCAACGCCUCGUCAGAGGCAAGGCCAAAGAUGAAGAGUGUGCUAAGGAUGCUUUUGAAUGCAAGAUGAGCACACAGGUUAAAAGGAGUCAAAGUCAUUGUUCCACAAUGAAGCUUCAACUCUGUUUUUUACUAUUGAGUAUAUCAGUAUAGAAUAUAGAUCAUUCUCAAUCUCCUAUAUUACAUACAUAUUGAUUUUGAAUCAGAAAGGAGAAAAGACAGAUUUUUCCUUGGUAAUGAUUUUGUAAAAUAUGCAUUCAUAUAUUUGUCAUUUCGGCAAUUCUGUCAUUUUUUCCUACUAAGUGUUAGACUCAGCCAUUGCACAAUUGCUAAUAGCAUCAAUUUCGUUCUAAAGUGUUCUUUAGAAACAAAAUUUGAAAAACACGAGUCAGUUUCACUACAAUAAGUGCAACUAGUACCCCCUCUGUCCUUAAAAGAUUGCCCCAUAUGCUUUAGUGCACUUUAUUAAGAGUUGGUUGUAUUCAAAAGUAAAUGUUAGGUAGAUUUGUCUUUUGGUUAGAUUAAACAAUGGUGUGUGAGGAGAGACAUGUGGGGAACACAUACCAAAUGAGGUAUGGAGCAAACAAAUAAAAACAUCCAUUUAUGGUAUGUGGGGCAAUCUUUUAGGGACGGAGGGAGUACUCUUUAACAGAGAACAUAAAUAGUUGGCCGAAUACUCUUCAUCGUAACUGUGAAUCAUAGGAUACAUAUUCAACAAAGCUAUAUCAACUACAAAAUAUUUCAUAAAUCAUAAAGCGCAAAAAAGGGGGAACAGGGUGUUUCAUGAGUCU